GUUACAAUUUGUGUUUAUAAAAGAACGUAGGUUGUUCUAAAGCGGCACUGUAACAGAAAAUUUUAGAUUUGUACUUUUCUAUAUAAUAACAGUCUAUUGUGAAUAAUAUGUUUCGUAUAAGAAAUCGUUUUAGCUACUACGUGAAAUUGGAUCUGUCGAUUCUGAUUAUAUGUUGCUGGAUGUUAAUUCCAAAUAUAGGUGCUUACACAAUCGAUGAAAGAAGCUUUCAAUACUUAAAUAGUAUUUCCUCAGAGGAUUGGAAUCGUGACUUAGACUUUGGAAUCGAAUCUGUAAACAGACAGAAAAGGCUUGAAGGAACUCUGGUGAAGUCAGGAGUAAUUGUCGAAAAAGGUGGUAUCUCACAUACUUAUCUUUUGGAUGCUUUGCCAAACGAAGAAGCAAAAAUGGACAAUGACGUUGCUAGUAAGCUUUUAGCUGCUAGUCUUUAUAUCUUCAAUAGUAAAUGUCUACCCUAUGGAAUAAAUGGCAAAGAUUGCGAAACAUUUUUAUCAAAUAAGUCACUUCCAAAAGGAAGUGAAUUGUUACAAAAAUGUUUAAGAAUCGUUGAAAAACGACGCAAUGGCCACAACACAUUUCGAAGAUUAUUGGAUCGCCAUUAUCGGGAUGGCAUCUUUCAGAUGUUGCCUCUUGUUUCACCCCUCAUGGUGAGUAAAUCCUUGAACAACUUGAAUGUGAAAAAAAAUGUCGAGGACAAGCAGAGAAACCUAGCUGUUAUACAGUGGACCCAAUUCGUUGAGCAUGAUCUCAGUAAACCUGUAGUUACAACAAUGAGAGAUGGGAGUCACAUUGAAUGCUGUGAUAAUAACAGCUUUGAGCUCGUACCCAGAUAUCGACAUCCAUUUUGUGCUCCUUUGAUAAUAAGAAACGAUGAAUCGCAGUACGCAAAAGUUAACUGUUUCAAUUAUGUACGAAGUGCUGUUGCUGUCAGCACAAAAUGCACAUUCGGAGCUGUGGAACAAUUAAAUCAAGCAACAUCCCUUUUGGAUUUAUCUCAACUAUACGGUUUCACAGAUGAGGCGCAAAAACGCAUGCGCACAUGGACAAAUGGUCAAAUUAAAUUCGCCGCCAAGACUUCAAAUAUCUAUAAUGAUGCACUAGCUGUGGUUCCUGGCGACUGGAGUAAUUAUUGUGCGUUCAAAAAUCCGUCCACUCAAACUAGUCAAUGUUUCAUGGCUGGCGAUUCUCGAAUAAACAAUAGUCCACUCACGAUAUCUAUUUAUACACUAUUUAUGAGAAAUCAUAACCAGAUUGCCCAAAAACUAACGAUCAAAUAUCCGUUAUGGCAGGAAGAAGAUCUUUUCAGAACGGCAAAAGCAAUAAACAUACAAAUCUAUAGGAAUGUUGUUUUUGACGAGUGGCUGCCCACUGUGUUGGGCGAGGAUGUUGCUGUUAAAAUGAGACAACUUUCGUUAAACAAGGAAUCUGUGGACGUUGAUAAAAUUUCAAAUGAGUUUGGGAUCGCAGCUAUGCGGUUUUACAUGUCCAUGAUGCCAAAUUUUCUGCAGAAUUUUACUGAAGUAAAACGUGUGGAAUACAAUACAUCGGGUUCGCUUUCGCAAGAAAGUGGAGUUAUCCGCAACGAAAAUUUAGUUUCCUUUUUUAAUCAAACAUAUAAGCCUGAUUUGGAAUAUACUCCUGAACAAAUUGAUACCAUACUGGAAUCGAUUUUGAACCAACAUGCCAUGAAAUUAGAUACAAUAUAUGAGGACAGUCUUAUUUUUAAUAACUUUGGCGUGAAUAGACCCACACAUGGUGAUCUGCUGGCUUACGAUAUUCAACGAGGUCGAGAUCAUGGAUUAAGAGGCUAUAUUGACUAUUUGAAGCUUUCAGUUGGACGAAACAUCGAUAGCUGGAAAGAUCUCGAGAGUUUUAUAGAAAUUGACGACCUAAAUAUUUUAAAAGCUACUUAUAGUAAUGUUGAAAACAUUGACCUUCUAGUUGGUGGUAUAGCAGAAAAAAAAUCACUCGGAGCUGCAGUUGGACCAACGUUUAAAUAUAUUUUGGCCGAACAGUUCUCGAAGAUAUAUCAGAGGCAGCUUCAUGCUUUAGACCCAAUAUUAACGGAUUUGGUACAAUUUGAAAAAGCAAACGCGGUUGAAUUGCUUUGCGCAAAUUCUAAAUUGAAUAAUGUGCCGAGAAAUAUAUUUCGUUUACCUUCGGACGAAAAUCCAAUGUCACCAUGUAAUGAACAUGUGGAGUUAUUACGUCCAUAAGAUAUUGUAGACUUUUAUAGAUUGUUGAACAAUUGUAAAAACCAAUUUAAUAAAUGUGUAAAAAUUUGGCAGUGAU